AAAUUAUUAUACGGAUAAUCGAUUGACUGUGUAUGAAUAAAAGUUCUAAUUGUUGAGCGCGUCUUUUACAUUCACAGCACUAGUUUCCAAACAUGGCAGGUCGUAGUGGAUUUGAUGAUGGUAAUCCCAGGGAUUUCGGUGGCGGUAGAAGGGCACUGGGAGGCCGCCCGCUACCAACUGAGCCCCCAUACAAGGCUUAUGUUGGAAAUUUACCUGCAGGGAUCAUUCAGGGCGACAUUAACAGAAUUUUUCCCGACCUAGCAAUAAAAAAUGUAAGGUUGGUUAUGGACAAAGAAACAGAUAAAUUCAAAGGUUUCUGUUAUGUGGAAUUUGAAUACUUGGAUGACUUGAUAAAAGCAAUUGAAAUGAAUGGCGCUAUUAACGUAGAAGGUAACUUUAUAAAAAUUGACGUGGCUGAAGAAAAAAGAAACGACAGAGGGGGCGGCUUCGACCGCGGUCGAAGGGACGGUGGCCGGGAUGGCGGACGAGAGGGCCGCGGCGGCGGCUUCCGACAGGGCGGCGGCGGCGGCGGAGGCGGAGGAGGUCGCGGUAUGUACGACCACUUCGACGCACUCGACCGCCGCGGGCCGCGCCUUCAGGGUGGAGGGUUCACACAUGAUCGCGAACGAGGAGGCACAGGGCAGGGCGGCGACCGGUGGGGCGACCGCGACGGCGGCGCACGUGGCGACCGCGACUCGGGGCGCGGCUCGCGCGGCCCGUCGGAGGAGCCCCGCGCCGGCGAGUGGGGCCGCAUGGGCCGCUCCGGAGGCGGCCCGCCCGCCCCGCGCCCCGGCGGCGGCCCCGGCGCCGGCGGGCCCGGCGGUGGCGGUAGACGUAACUUCGACGAUAUGCCUCCUUCACGACCGGACACAACAGGCAGACCAAAACUGAAAUUAGAGCCGCGGACUGUAAAAGAGCCAGUGAAUUCACUAGCGUCAACCAGCCAGGCGUCUUCAAUAUUUGGAGGCGCGCGGCCGCGAGAAGAACGACUGAAAGAGCUCUCGGGCGAGUAGGCUCGGCUGCUACGCUCCUCACUACCGCAUACUCUUUUCCCGCGUGUACAUGUAUCGUCCCGACACCCAACUGAUCCUAUCUGUGUGCCCCGAUAUUUAAAAGUGCAGACUUAAAUUGUAUAUGAACUCGAAGGAUUUUGUUAGGUUAUGAGGUUGUAAAUCAUUUUUAUCGUAUAUUUUGUUAGCUUUAUUGUAUGUAUUGCCAAUUGAGCAAUUUUAUGGAAGCGACCUUUUCCCGCCUUAAAGCGCGAGAAUCGGCCGCUCGUUUAGGAUCGCAGUAUUUAAAUUGCUAGAAUAAUUUGUUUGUUCGUUUUUGUAAAUUGUCUCAGGGCUUAUGUGUAUUGUAUUGGCUUGCAUUAUUAAUGUAAUCGUUCACAAUUUUAAUAUGGAAUAUUUUUUGUUAUUAAUGUGGUGUUACAAUGAAUGUAAUGCAAACAAUAAUUAUUUUUAUUUUCUUCAUUGCAUGUCGCGAUUUAAAGAGCUUCAUAAAGAUUCUCUGUUGUAUUUGUUUAUCAUUUUAUUAAUUCUUAGUUUGAUAGGUCUUGGAAAUUAAUCAUUAAAGGAGUAAUUGUGCAAGAUAUUUUAAGAGUUGAUUAUACGGUGAUGUUGUCAUUACGACGUCAUAAAUGAAAUUAACUUCCACGUAAUUGAAUUUCUACUUUAUUAGAUAUUGUGUAAUGUAACAAGUUACGUGGCAAAGAAAUUAAAAAAAAUCGCAAAAUUGUAACAGUACAUAGAAAAAGAAAUAAAAAUUGAUUCUUUGUAACCGUGGGUU